CCAAAAAGCGGGUGGAAAAACAAAGCCAAGGCCGGAGGCGGUCCUUCAAACAGGAAGAGAGGGAGGGUAUACGAAAAGAGUUCUGUUUCUUAAGAAGCUCUUGAAGAAUACGGUAUGACCUCUGAAACUUCGGAAUCAAAAAUAAAAGAACCCGAAAAUUCGUUAAGUUAUUACGAAAAAUGUAAAAAAGAGCUGCACGAACUGAUGGAAAAAAAAAUAGAAUUGGAAUCGUCGUUAUUGGGCAUAGAAGAUUCCAUCUACAAGCUCGAGGGAACGUAUCUCGAGAGCACUGCGAGAACGGGAAAUAUCGUUCAUGGUUUUGAUGGGUUGCUCAAGUCCACAACAUCCAACAACUUGAGACGAAGAAAUGAAUUUCACGAGUCUGACAGACUAUUUUCGUUGUCCUCUAGCACAGCAGGUGUCAAGGGCACGCAGAUGUUUUCACGAUUGUACACUGACGAGGAUGGAGACGAAAACACUUCAUCGAGCAACCGACGCCGCAAAAGGAAGUCGGCCGACCAUAACGCAUAUGAUCAUAAACGAAGAUUGACGUUCCGAGACGCAUAGAGCAAUGACAUUUGGACAAGUCUUCAUACGACAGCUAAUGUGUGUGCCGAAUUGGUGUGUGACAAAAAAGUGUAGAAUAAGCGCGU